CGCUCGGAGGGCCAGUAGCGGGUUGUCAGAGUGGUCGCCGCCGAAGUGGGGCGAGGCUGCGUUGCUCCGUGUUGGUGGUCUGGGGCCGGCGUAAAGAUGAGAGCGCAGAGGACACAGGGCCGCUGGAGGCGCAGGUAACGAAGCUGGGAUACGGUGGGGCCGCCGCAGAGCUUCUUCCAAGACUUGGGCUGAAUGGAGAGAACCGAGGUGACUAAGAGCCCCGGCUCCUAGCGGCGGGACUGCUGCUGGAGCCGCAGCUGCCAGGCGAAGAUGUGUCGAGCCCCGGCCACACGGUGAAGCUGAGAGCCUUCGGGCCCCAGGAGUUCUGGGGCCCGGGAUGAGUUAGCCAGGGCAGCCGCGCGGGCCAGUUCCGACUGCUACAGGCCAAGGCGACCACAGCUGCCCACCCGCCUCUUCCGUGCAGAAGCCGCUAGCUCCUUUCCGCACCCUCCUGCCAGCGUUCCCGGCUCAGGAGACCAUGAGGUUCCGUAUCUACAAGCGGAAGGUGCUGAUCCUGACGUUAGUAGUGGCCGCCUGCGGCUUCGUUCUCUGGAGCAGCAAUGGGCGACAAAGGAAGAACGAGGCCCUCGCCCCGCCGCUGCUGGACGCUGAGCCCGCGCGUGCUGCUGGUGGCCGGGGUGGGGACCAUCCCCCAGUGUCCAUGGGCAUCCGUCGGGUCUCUAACGAGUCAGCGGCCCCGCUGGUCGCGGUGGCCCCGCAGCCCGAGGCGGACAACUUGACGCUGCGGUACCGGUCCCUGGUGUACCAGCUGAACUUUGACCAGACGCUGAGGAAUGUAGAUAAGGCCGGCUCCUGGGCCCCUCGAGAGCUGGUGCUGGUGGUCCAGGUACAUAACCGGCCGGAUUACCUCAAACUGCUGCUAGACUCACUUCGGAAAGCCCAGGGCAUUGACAAUGUCCUCGUCAUCUUUAGCCAUGACUUCUGGUCGACUGAGAUCAAUCAGCUGAUCGCUGCUGUGGAUUUCUGUCCUGUUCUGCAAGUGUUCUUUCCUUUCAGCAUUCAGUUGUACCCCAACGAGUUUCCGGGCAGUGACCCUAGAGAUUGCCCGAGAGAUCUGGAGAAGAAUGCAGCUUUGAAGAUGGGAUGCAUUAAUGCAGAGUAUCCUGACUCCUUUGGCCAUUAUAGAGAGGCCAAGUUCUCCCAAACCAAACACCAUUGGUGGUGGAAGCUGCAUUUUGUAUGGGAAAGGGUCAAAAUUCUUCGAGACUAUGCUGGCCUCAUACUUUUCCUAGAGGAGGAUCACUACUUAGCCCCAGACUUUUACCAUGUCUUCAAAAAGAUGUGGAAAUUAAAGCAACAAGAGUGCCCUGAGUGUGAUGUUCUUUCCCUGGGAACCUAUACUGCCAGUCGAAGUUUCUCUGGCAUUGCUGACAAGGUAGACGUGAAAACUUGGAAAUCCACAGAGCACAAUAUGGGUCUAGCCUUGACCCGGGAUGCCUAUCAGAAACUGAUGGACUGCACAGACACUUUCUGUACUUAUGAUGAUUAUAACUGGGACUGGACUCUUCAAUAUUUGACUGUAUCUUGUCUUCCAAAAUUCUGGAAAGUGCUAGUUCCUCAGGUACCUAGGAUUUUUCACGCUGGAGACUGUGGUAUGCACCACAAGAAAACCUGUAGACCAUCAACCCAGAGUGCCCAAAUUGAGUCACUCUUAAAUAGUAACAAACAGUACAUGUUUCCAGAAACUCUAAGUAUCAGUGAGAAGUUCAUGGCAGCCAUUUCCCCACCUAGGAAAAGGGGGUGGGGAGAUAUUAGAGACCAUGAACUCUGUAAAAGUUAUAGAAGACUGCAGUGAAAAA